AUGUUGACUAAUGUUGCAAAAAACAAAAAAAAAAAGAUUUAUUCACCUCUAUUAUAAAUAUUUUCUUGGGCCAUUCAUUCUUCCCUCUGUGCUCUUAGUUCUUUAUUCGUCUCUGAUCACUAAGCGAACAUUCGAUCUCUUCCACACUCUCUACUCUUCCAUUACUUAAUUAAUUAAUUCAUUUUCUUUCCCUCCUCACCUUUGUCUUCUCUCUCACCUCCCUGUUCUUUACUGAUUACUUAAGCAAAUCUAUGCGCUUGGAGAACUGCUUUUUGCAGAGCCACUGAUCAGGGAAAAGGAGUAAAAAAUGGCUGGCUCAAAUAUUGAUCUAUUUUGGAAUCAUGUUGUAAAGAUGAAUGAUGGCAGACUGAACUGUCAGUUUUGUGGGCAUCCAUUUACUAAGGAUACUUCCAUUUCGAGGAUCAAAUGGCAUUUAUCAGGAGAGAAGGGCCAUGGUGUUGCAAUCUGUGGACAAGUGCCUAAACAAGUUCAAGAAGAAGCCUUUCUAGCUAUGCAUGGUGGCAAAAAAAGACAUAAAAGCAUAGCAAGUUCAAGCAAUGUAAAUGAUCAUGCCACUUCAACUAGUCAACAAGAACAAAGCAAUGAAGUCGGCAAUUUGGCAGGAGGUGCAGGAAGGAUGCAAGCACCAUAUAUAAUGGGUCAUGCAAUUGAAAGAAGUUGGCGUGAGAUUUGUAAUUUGUUAAUGGAGGAUGAUCUAGAGAAUGGGACUGGAGGAUCUGCGCAGCCUGGUGCAGGAGCUGUAUCUUCUGGAGGGUUUACAUGCAACAUAAAUGAGAUUAAAGGCGAUGCACUACCAAUGACGACGAAGCUGGUGGGUCAAGCAUUCGAAGACCAUAAGAAGACCAUCUGGUCUUGGUUGAUGCAAGAUGAAGUUUCAAGUGUCGGCAUUUAUGGGAUGGGCGGAGUGGGUAAGACAACAUUGGCAACACAUAUAUAUAAUCAGCUUCUAGAAAGACCGGACACUUUCUGUCAUGUUUACUGGAUUACUGUUUCACAAGAUACCAGCAUUAAUAGAUUGCAAAAUAGUAUCGCGAGACGUAUUGGUGUAGUUCUUUCUAAUGAAGAAGAGGAGUUGUUUAGAGCGAUACAAUUGUCAAGACAAUUAAUGAAGAAACAAAAAUGGGUUUUAGUUUUAGAUGAUUUGUGGAAGGCUUUUGAGCUACAAAAGCUGGGAAUACCUAUCCAGGCUAAGGGAUGCAAGCUGAUUCUUACAACUCGAUCGAAAAAGGUUUGUCAACAGAUGGCUACCCAACAAAGAAUCAAAGUGAAGCCUAUUUCAGAGGAAGAAGCUUGGACAUUGUUUAUUGAGAGACUUGGACAUGACAUAUCACUUUCUUCAGAAGUGGAGCAAAUUGCAAAGUCGAUCACAAAGGAGUGUGAUGGUUUGCCACUAGGAAUUAUAACAAUGGCUGGAACCAUGAAGGGGGUGGAUGACAUUCGCGAGUGGAGGGAUGCUUUAGAGGACCUGAGACAAUCAACAGUUAGGCAAGAUGACAUGGAAGAGGAGGUAUUCCGGAUAUUGAGAUUCAGUUAUACCCACCUAAGUGAUUCAGCUCUGCAGCAAUGUUUCUUGUAUUGUGCAUUAUUUCCAGAAGACUUUAAGAUCCCUAGAGUGGAAUUGAUAGGUUAUUUGAUUGAUGAGGGAGUGAUAAAAGGGUUGAAGAGUAGGAUGGCAGAAUUUGACAAAGGCCAUUCAAUUCUUAAUAGACUCGAAAAUAUCUGCUUAUUGGAAAGAAUUGAUGGUGGUACUGCUGUCAAGAUGCAUGACCUGAUCAGGGACAUGGCCAUUCAAAUACAUCAAGAGAACUCUCCAGUCAUGGUUAAAGCAGGAGCAUGAUUGAAAGAACUGCCAGAUGCAGAAGAGUGGACAGAGAAUCUUAAAAGAGUUUCAUUGAUGUAUAAUCAAAUUCAAGAAACUCGUUCCUGCCAUUCACCAAGGUGUCCCAGUCUUUCAACUCUAUUAUUACACAAUAAUACAUCCUUGCAAUAUGUGGCAGGUUCUUUGUUCGAGCAAUUGCAUGGGUUAAAGGUUCUUGAUCUAUCUCAUACAAUUAUUGAAAAGCUACCUGCUUCUGUUUCUGAUUUGGUGUGUCUCACUGCAUUAUUACUAGAAGGUUGUGAUAGGUUAAGCCAUGUACCAUCAUUGAAAAAGCUCAGGGCACUGAAGAGGUUAGAUCUCUCUAAAACCGGUGAACUUAAAAAGAUGCCUCAAGGCAUGGAAUUUCUAUCCAACUUGAAGUAUCUUAGAAUGAAUAGGUGGGGUGAAAACAAGUUUCCUAGUGGGAUAUUACCUAAACUCUCUCACCUGCAAGUCUUUGUAUUAGAGGAGUCGUUUCCUAUCCAAGGUGGAUCUAGUCGAUACAGACCAAUAACAGUUGAAGGAAAGGAAGUAGGAUGCUUGAGGAAGUUGGAAACUUUGGAAUGCCAUUUUGAAGGUUACUCUGACUUUGUGGAGUAUCUCAAAUCUCGGGAUGAGACCCAAUCACUAACAAAAUACAGAAUUGUUGUAGGAAGUGCUGGUGAUUUAAGAAGGUAUGCUACAAAUAAAAUUGUUUCGUUGGGUGAUUUGAGUAUCAACAGAGAUGGAUAUCUUCAGGUCAUGUUCCCGAAGGACAUUCGACAACUGAUGAUUUCUAAUUGUCAUGAUGCAAAAAGUUUAUGCAAUGUCUCCACUCUAAUAAUGUAUGCAACUGAACUGGAGGUCAUCCAAAUCAAGGGUUGUAACAGCAUGGAAAGCUUGGUUUCAUCUUUUUGGUUCUGCCCCGCUCCAUCUUAUAAGGGUAUAUUUUCAGGUCUCAGAAUGUUCAAUUGUUAUCGAUGUAGAAGUAUGAAAAAGCUAUUUCCUAUUAUCUUGCUGCCAAACCUCGUAAACCUGGAAGAGAUUAUAGUAGAAGAAUGUGAGAAAUUGGAGAAGAUAAUAGGAACAAGAUUAGAUGCAGAAGGGGUAAUGGGUGAAGAAAGCAGCAGCAGCAGCACCGAAUUCAAGUUCCCGUUCCCGAAGUUAAGAAUUAUGAGAUUGUAUAAAUUACCAGAACUAAAAAGCAUUUGCAGUGCAAAAAUUAUCUGUGAUUCACUCGAAGAAAUUGGCUUAUGGGAAUGUCAGAAGCUAAAGAGGGUUCCAAUUUGUUUUCCAUUGCUUGGAAAUGGCCAGCCAUCUCCUCCCCCUUGUCUUAAAUUCAUAAAUAUAAAACCAAAACAGUGGUGGGAUUCAGUGGAGUGGGAGCACCCUGAAGCCAAGGAUGUCCUCCGUCCCUUCCUAGAGUUUGGGUAGGAGAUGACUCGGCUAUUGGAUUACGGGCAGAUGGGGAAAGAAGGCAAACCUCUUAUUUAAUAAGGAUCGGAAAGAAACCAUAUUCUUCAAGCCAUGUAUCGUACCUUUUAUGCUUGCUUUAGUGUUACAGAAGGAAUGAAAUUUUCAUUUUCAUCUUGGUUUUCAUGUGUUCA